AUGGAAGAAUCUGCCAACGAAGUGGUUGAAGAAAAAAUUCAUUCGAUAAGCUUGCCAAGUACAGAAUGCGUCGCUAAAGAAAUCGGAGAUGGUCAAAAAGACAUUCUUAAAUCUCCUAUUGAUAUUAACGAUACUAGCAUUACACAAACAGACAAAAUAGACAACAUCCAACGGCAAAAAACAAAGCCCACUGUGUUAUUUAUACCGUCAGUAUUCAAAGAAACUUUAUUUUGGCCAUCGACGCUCCAAGAAGUGAAUUCCAAGGAGACGAAUAAUAUUCAUAUGCGUAAAAAGAAAAAUCCUGCUGUUGUUAGCUCAUUGAAAUGGAAGGAAUAUUAUAAAGACAAAGAAAAUAAGAAACAAGAACCAUUACUGCAAAAAGAAGAAAGAAAAAGGAAGCGUGAAGAAAAAGCAAGAGAAGCUUCAGAAGUAAAAAGAAAAAAGCAGGAAGCCAAAGAGGAAAAACAACGUAUUGCUAAAGAAGCCGAAAAAGCGAAAAAUACCAAGUUUCGAAAAGUUUCGAAGAAAACUCAAAAAGACUGCAUGCAAAAGUACAAUAAAAAAUAA